AUGAAGUUCACCGCUGCUACCGUUGCUUUCGCCGUCGGCGCCUCUGCCUCUUACCAGGCUGCGUACCCCUCGUCCAACGCCACCUCAUACACCACUGAGGUCGUUACCUCGUACGAGACGUACUGCCCCGGCCCUACCCAGAUCACCUACGGCACCAACACCUACACCGUCACUGAGGCCACUACCCUGACCAUCACUGACUGCCCUUGCACCAUCAGCAAGCCCGUCUACACCACCUCGUCAGUAGUCUGCUCCACCUGCAGCAGCACCACCCCGGCUCCCCCCAGCUACCCUACCACCACUCCUGCUCCCCCCAGCUACCCCAACAGCACCAUCGCCACCACCAGCGCGACCCAGCCCCAGGGCUACCCCACUGGCAGCGUCCCGGGCACCCAGACCUCCGCCACCACCAUCCCCACGGCUGGUGCCGGCAAGGUCGCCGCUCUAUCGGGCGCUGGCCUUGCUGGCCUGCUCGGUCUUGCCGUUGCCGCCCUAUAA